AGGGCUCAGCAGAACCGGCUAUCUCCCGAGACUCCGCUGGAUCCCGACCUGACCGCUGCGCCUCGCUCCAGUCUCCAGCCCGAGCCGUGAGCCGCCACCCCGCCGCCACCUCCAGGCUGCGCCGAGACGCGGGCAUGAGCCCGCCCUGUGACUCGCGGAGCCAGCGUCCCCGGCCCGGGCCUCGGCGCUCAGGAGCUGGGCAGAGGAGCUGCUAGAACAAUGCUGAGGCGGGGGAGGUGAGGAGUGUCUUGAACAGGUGGCCAUGGAAGACCAAGACACCUGGGCUUAUCACCUGGGCACCCCUCCCGGCCUCAGCCCAGCCGGCACUCCAAAGACAGAGGGGCAACCAUGGCGACCAAUUUCAACGACAUCGUCAAGCAAGGCUAUGUGAAGAUGAAGAGCAGGAAGCUCGGGAUAUACCGGAGGUGCUGGCUGGUGUUUCGGAAAUCUUCCAGCAAGGGGCCCCAGCGGCUGGAGAAGUAUCCCGAUGAGAAAUCAGUGUGCCUCCGAGGCUGCCCGAAGGUGACUGAGAUCAGCAAUGUCAAGUGUGUCACACGGCUUCCCAAGGAAACCAAGAGGCAGGCAGUGGCUAUCAUAUUCACGGACGACUCGGCUCGUACUUUCACCUGUGACUCAGAACUGGAGGCAGAGGAGUGGUACAAGACACUGUCAGUGGAAUGUCUAGGGUCACGGCUCAAUGACAUCAGUCUGGGAGAGCCUGACCUCCUGGCCCCAGGAGUACAGUGCUUGCAC